GAUAUGCGUUGCAAGGUCUCCAUUAUCCAUACUAAAACACAUUAAAUGUCGUUCGAGAAUACUUAUUAUGAAUUAUAAUUUCAGUGUUCCAUCAAAAUUGUUAUCGUCAUCUGAUGAAGAAACCCCUACACAUAUUCAAAAAUCAAAGCUUCCACCAAGGCCAUGCCCUGUACUACCAGACUGCAGAAGCAGCCUACAAUCAUCCUUACAGACCACACUUACAGGCACUCCAACAACCCAGGAUACAGACCCAACUGCAGCGAUACCAUCAACCCCUCGUUGGGUUGGCAGUAAUAGAGUACCAUCAACCCCUCAUUCAGUGGUCAGUGAUCGAGUACCUUCUACCCCUAGUUCAGUUGUCAGUAAUAGAGUACCAUCAACCCCUCAUUCAGUGGUUAGUGAUCGAGUACCUUUCUACCCCUAAUUCAGUUGUCAGUGAUCUAAAUGAAACACCAGAGACCCCUGCAGGUAGUUCCACUGCCAUGCGUUCCGAAGUAGCACGAGAUACUCGCAUUUUUACCCUAUUAGAAAAAAUGUCUCGACAACAGACACAAAUAUUGGACACUGUUCAUCAGGUAUUUGGUGUCGUGUCAAAGUUGGAAAGUCAAGAUGGUGGUGGACCAACUGAUUUGCCUGAUGAUAUUCAUUUACCAGUUACAAGCAUCGAAGAACUGGAGUUGGUUGAGACAGGUUUACAAGAACCUGGUUGUUUCAAUGGCUUGGUCACAUACCUGACACUGCAAGGAGGUAUCACAAGAAGCGAUAUGUCAAAAAGAGUCAUGAAACACUGCAUGUCAAAUCAGUUGGCACUUCAGUUCAACUGGUUUGGCAAGAAAGGGAAGAGAGCGUUUGGGAAACUGAAGCUGGCCAUGGAAGUGCAAAAAGCGGUCAUGAAAUGUAAAAAAUGUACAGCAGCUGAAGUCGAAUUAGAUUGUAGAGAAUGGUUUCGAAGUGCAUGUGACAGAGACGGGGGCCGUAAAAGAAGACAAAAAACGAAUGAAGCCAAGGUGUCCAAGAAACACCCACUGAAUAGAACUUUUAAAUAUAUUUAUAGCGAUAUUGAAAGAAAGAAGAUGGCUCUUUUAAUUUGAAAGUAAUGUAAAGGACUUGUGUCAUUCUAGCCAAAUAGUUCAAGAACAUAUAGCCUAAGAAGAAUAAAUCAUACAUAAAUAGUGAUAUAGUUAAACUAAACAUUAUUGAGAUAUAUUUAAGAAACAAUAUCAGUUUCUGUGUUGUUCAUCAGCUAUUUAAAAUCAGUUUAAGCUUGUGUGUCAGGCAGGAUUAUAUAUAUUGUGUUUACAUCGUUGCUGGAUUAAUGAUUCUUCAGCCCCUGACCAGUUUAAAGUGACGCCAUUCUGGCACUUGUAUGAACAAGCUGCAUACUUGGGAUGACGUUUUUAUGGUGCUUACGAGUUCGCGUCAAUUUGUCUUAUAAAACUUAUAUCAAUCUGUUGGGUCGGUGAAUGUGAGAUGUUACUUUAGCAUCAUAUGAAAAGAAAAAUGAAAAAGUGAACUGAAAACAUCAGAAAAAGUGUGUUAUUAUUUUUGCCGUAAAAAGAAUUUGAAAACUAUUUUAUUGAGGGAGAACAAAAAACAGCGGCAUAUUUGUGUAGUCCAUGAUCAGUGCUUAUUGGAAGUUUACGCCGUUAAAAUCCUUCUUUGUUAUAGAAACAAAAUCUCAAGGAGUGUUAGAUUUACAUAAGAUGUACAUAUUGUUAUUGUUUUUACUCAUUCAGUAUUUCAAUCGCACAUAUCAAAUAUUGAGAUUAUGGUCAUAGCUUCAUGAUAAUCAAAUAAUUUUUACAAUUAUAAUACUAAAUCCUGCGAUUUGUGAAUCUAUAAUUCAAUUAUUGUUUUUGAUUCGUUAUUAUAGGUUGUUUUUUUGUUUUAUGCUUUGUAAAAAUAUUAUAAAUCCAUUUUAUUACCAUGCCUUGCCAAAUGUAUAGUCAAGUCUAGCCUUUAUUUUUUGCAUUGUUUUUUACAUUGUUUUAUUUUUACAUUUAUUUUCUUUAAUAAUUCUGCAUAAUUGCUGAUAUUUUUUAUUUAUUUUUUUCUAUUAUUGCAUAAUAGCUGAAGUAUAGAGAGAAAAAAACACCCAUACAAAUGCAAUGUUGUAGAUUCAUUCUCAGUUUUUAAAUGGAAUUUAAAUCAUAGCUUUUGAACAUAUUAAGUUUUAUUAUUGGCAUUUUUAAUUUGUUUGUUUAUAAUGUUUUACCAAGGAAGCAGAACUAAAUUGAAUUAUUACUAGUCUUUUAUAUCUUUUUUUAGUCAGGGAUGUUUUUAUUUAAAGUGAAGAUGUAUAUUUGUUUAGAAAUGGAAGCAUGAGAAAAGAAUUAACAGUGAUGUUUGUACAAUAUAU